AAAGUCUAUCAAAUGGGAGAUAUGCAUUAAUCGCAAACACAUCAGAAUAAAAAGAGGCUAGAAAAUGGAGAGAAGACGGCACUUUGUAUUAAUCCAUGGGAGCUGCCAUGGAGCUUGGUGCUGGUACAAGGUUGCGAGUCUCCUUAAAACGGCUGGUCAUCAAGUGACGACCUUGGACCUUGGUGCUUCCGGGGUUCAUCCAAAGCGGCUCGAAGAGAUCACCUCUUUCUCAGAUUACUUGCAGCCAUUAAUGGAUUUCUUUGUUUCUCUUCCCGAUGAACCAGAUCAUAAGGUCAUUCUCGUCGGCCACAGCUAUGCCGGUCUCUGCAUUUCUCUAGCCAUGGAAAGGUUCCCCAACAAAAUCAAAGUUGCAGUUUUCAUUGCAGCAUACAUGCCUCAUCAUAGCACUCCACCAGGGACUCUCAUACAAGAAUACUUCAAAAGGACUACAGUGGAGUCUUUAAUGGAUUGUCAGUUCACAUUUGAGAAUGGCCUGGACAGGCCACCGACUUCAGCUCUCUUUGGUUCGAAAUUCAUGGAGGCCAUAGCUUAUCGGUACUGCCAAUUAGAGGAUUUGGAGUUGGGGAAAAUGCUGGUACGACCGAGUGGGCUGUUCAUGGAAGAUUUGAUGAGUGGGAAUUUGUUAACAGAAGAAAAGUUCGGGUCGGUUGAUCGAGUUUUCAUUGAAUUAGAAGGAGAUGAAGUGAUGACACAAGAGUUUCAACGGUUGAUGAUUCAGAACUCACCGCCCAAUGACGUGAAGGUCAUUAGGGAAGCCGGCCAUAUGGUCAUGCUUUCCAAGCCUUCACACCUUUCCCAGCUUUUACAAGACAUCGGAGCCAGAUUUCGUUGACUGUUGAGUCUAAUGUUUUAAUAUUAUUUACAUAAAUGAAU